GGGUGGGUGGGGGCGGGGAGGGGGGAGGGGGAUCCGGCCGCCAUGGACGACAAGGCAUUCACCAAGGAGCUGGACCAGUGGGUCGAGCAGCUGAACGAGUGUAAACAGCUGAACGAGAAUCAAGUGCGGACGCUGUGUGAAAAGGCUAAGGAAAUUUUAACAAAAGAGUCAAAUGUUCAAGAAGUUCGCUGUCCUGUUACCGUCUGUGGAGAUGUUCACGGUCAAUUCCACGAUCUUAUGGAACUCUUCAGAAUUGGAGGGAAAUCGCCAGAUACCAACUACCUGUUCAUGGGCGACUAUGUAGACAGAGGUUACUAUUCGGUGGAGACUGUGACUCUUCUCGUAGCGUUAAAGGUGCGUUAUCCAGAACGCAUUACAAUAUUGAGAGGAAACCACGAAAGCCGACAAAUUACCCAAGUAUAUGGCUUCUAUGAUGAAUGCCUACGAAAGUACGGAAAUGCCAAUGUCUGGAGAUACUUUACAGAUCUGUUUGAUUAUCUUCCACUUACAGCUUUAGUAGACGGACAGAUAUUCUGCCUCCACGGUGGCCUCUCUCCAUCCAUAGACACACUGGAUCAUAUCAGAGCCCUGGACCGUUUACAGGAAGUUCCACACGAGGGCCCAAUGUGUGAUCUGUUAUGGUCAGAUCCAGACGAUCGUGGCGGAUGGGGAAUUUCACCGCGCGGUGCUGGCUACACGUUUGGACAAGACAUUUCCGAAACAUUUAAUCAUGCCAAUGGUCUCACACUGGUUUCUCGUGCGCACCAGCUUGUGAUGGAGGGCUAUAACUGGUGCCACGAUCGGAAUGUGGUCACCAUUUUCAGUGCACCCAAUUACUGCUAUCGUUGUGGGAACCAGGCUGCCAUCAUGGAAUUGGAUGAUACUCUGAAAUACUCCUUCCUUCAGUUUGACCCAGCACCUCGUCGUGGAGAGCCUCACGUUACCCGGCGCACCCCAGACUACUUCCUAUAAGUUCCUCCCGGGAAAAAACCUGCCUUCGUAUGUGGAAGUAUGCUGGCUCGCGUGCACACACACACACACACACACACACACAGCAACAGUGAUCUAUGUGUAUCUGUAACACAUUGGGAAUUGGGCUCUGUCUUGGCAUUAAACUGUGUCAUGGACCAAAACGUGCCAUGCUAAUGACGAGCACUUAGCACAAUGACGAGCGCUGAGACUGAAACUCGGCGCAGCUCUAGCGGAGUCGGUCUUAACAGUCUGCCUGCUGUAUUUGUGGUGACCGCCUUCCUCUGGACCGUUAGAGCGAAAAAGACCCCUUCGUCUCCUUUGGCACUUACUUGGAAAUUGUAGUUACGGUGUUUAGCUGGCAUGGAUUAAUAGAGUUGGAAUUUUAUUUUUAAGGAAAGUUCACAAGCUGACUUUCACCUAAUCCAUUAUCCUUUAUUUUAUUGAAAUGUAUCAUUAACUGAAGAAAAGAUUCUUCUUGGAAGUAGGUAGUCAUAACAUUUAAAGAGAUUUCCCCUCAUUUAAGCUACAUCACUGUUUUCUGUUGGUCUGAGUAUUACUGUGCGUUUGUCUGACAGUGCUUGCGUCCCUCUGGUGUACUGAGCAAAUAAACUUUUCAUGUUAAACAAAAAUAAUGAUUUACUGUGAUAUACUUGAAAUGAAAGUUUUAUUAUUUUAAAAUUUGAUAUAAAAUCUUGUAAUGAACAAUGGUGUUGAGGUCUUUUAAAUUAAUGUUGUUUGUAUAAAGCUUAUGAGAAAAAAUUGAAAUAGGACCUGAUAUCUUCUAGACCAUAAAAAAGCCAUCUGUAGUCUAAACAUUUCAUUAGCUAAUUUGUGUUAUUGUAUUCAAUGUUUUUAACUAUGAAUUGUAUCUGAAACUGUAGAAUAUUACAUAGCUGGGAAGAAUCUUUUAUAAAACAAAAUAUAUGAUUAAUCUCCAAAAGAGAGUUUAGUAGAAAUAGUAGUGAUCGUACUAUACAAAUGUAAAUGUAAAUUCCAAAUAGUAGAGGAGAAAAUAGGGCAUCAGUUUGGGGGUGAAAGACACAAGAGGAAAAACUAGUAAGUGUUUGUAUAAGAAAACAAGAUGGUAGGAGUUAAGUGUAAAUAUCUGAAAAUUAUAAAUCAGUGUGAAUGGACUGCAUUCUCUAAUUAAAGGACAAAGGGUCAAAUGUGAUUUUUUUUUUUGAACUAGCUAUAUACCCAUUAUCAGGCACGCACCAACAGCAGAGCGAAUUGGGUAGAUUGAAAAUAAAAAGAUAAAAUAGAUCAAGAAAGUACUGAACAAAGGAAACUUGAAGUAGUUAUACUCAUAUUAAAUGGAUUUGUGAUAAAACUGCAGAGUGGAGGGCCCAUGCAAAUGACGUUAGACUUUCUUUACCUGUGUGCACACACCGAAAUAGCCUCAACAUGUUAAAAACAGUAGUCCUUAGAAAUGCAGAGACAAAUUGAAGUUUCCAUUGUUACAAUGGCAGGUUUCAACUUCCUUUUCUAUUAUUAAAGUCAACAAAGGUGUGGAAGAUUUGAAUAACACAUUUUAAUAAGCUUGAUAUAAUAAACAUGCAUAGAUCUCUACACCCUAACAGAACACAUGUUCUUGUCAAGUUUAUAAAAAUUGGCAAUUAUUACACAUCAAAAACCUUUUAACAAGUUGAUUAUGUCACACUAAAAUCUGACCACAGUGCAGUUACUUUAGAGGUCAAUAACAAAAAUAUAACUUUGAAAGCCAUUUUGAAAUUUAAAAAGUUAUUCGAGGAUCAAAGAUGAAAUUAAAGGAAACUUAAAUUCUAUAAAAUAGAAUUUAGAAAAACUCUGUGAAAAAUAUAUAAAAAUGUGUGGACAAAACAUAGAAUACUCAGAUUUUGAAAAAUUAAUCUCCCUAUCUGAAAACUUAACUAUUAUAAAACUAUGGUUUUCGAGACAGUACAAUACAGGUGUAAAUGGACACACACAGAUCAGUGAACGGAAUUGAAAGUCCAGAAAUAAAUGCUUAAUAUUAGAUUGUUUUUCAACAAAGAAACAAGGCAAUUCUUUGAGGGAAGGAUUUGUCUGUUCAACAAAAUAGUGUUAGAACAAUUAUACAUCCGCGAGGAAGAGGGUGACCUUAGAUGCUGACCUUAGAAAAACAGCCCCU